CCGAGAGCAGACGGAGACGGAGCGGAGAGAGAGAGAGAGAGAGAGAGAGACAGACAGACAGAGAGACAGAGGCUCCGGGGAGAGCUGCAUGCGGCUGUCGCAUCCUCCGAUAACAAACCCGGGCAGAGGGCACGUCUUUGUCUGGGAACGCGUCCAGCAGGAGCGCGUCGCACGGCGAUCAUCUGAGCUCCGUGGUUUGAUUUGAUUUGAUUUGAUCUCCGGGAUUAUGGUGUUUGACGUGGAGGGAGCAUCAUCCGGUCACGGUCGUGUGUUUACAUCGGAACCUUGACCACAGCAGAAGUUAUCUGGAAGACUUGUGUGGACGCGCCGCAGAGCGCGGAACUGGAUUUUUUUUUUUUUUUUUUUUUUUUUUAAUGUUUCGGUUGUUCAGAGCGGGGUGAUUGGAAAUGCGUUCACCUUGGUUUUAAGGUGUAAACUGUUUCCAUCAAAGUUACAUGUCUUGCCCCCCGUCGCGCGCCUCUGACAGUGCGUAAUUACUGUUUUCCUGCGCCUCUUCCUCGGGCGUCACAGGUAGGCUGCUCGAGCCUGGAGACACCGCUGCUGAUGACAGCGCAUCACCGCACAGCGUAAGGUGACAGUUUCGGUUUCUCCGUCGUGGCUGCAGCCUCUCAAACAGACACUCUUCGUCCAUCAUGGAUGAUGCUGGUGGGAUGCAUCUGUGCACCUGGAACAAGUCGACCAGGAAGAGCGCACGGGACGUCUUGAAAACAUACCUGGGGAUAUUUAUCAUGCUUCAUCUCGUGCUUCACACGGAAGCCUCAGCGGUGUCCAAGUCCUGCGAUAAAAACUGUUUUUCAGGGAAGUGCAUGAACGGGACCUGCGUGUGUGACCACGGAUGGGUCGGGGAUCAGUGCCAGCACUGUCAGGGAAGAUUCAAAUUAACAGACCUGACGGGCUCGCUCACAGACGGACCAGUAAACUAUAAAUACAAGACCAAAUGCACUUGGCUAAUAGAAGGAUAUCCUAAUGCAGUGCUCCGGCUGCGCUUCAAUCACUUUGCCACCGAGUGCAGCUGGGACCACAUGUACGUCUAUGAUGGAGACUCCAUCUACGCCCCUUUGAUUGCUGUCUUCAGCGGCCUAGUGGUGCCAGAGACCAGGGGUAAUGAGACGGUCCCGGAGGUGGUGACAACAUCCGGCUACGCUCUGCUUCACUUCUUCAGCGAUGCGGCCUACAACCUGACCGGCUUCACCAUCACCUACUCGAUAAACUCUUGUCCCAACAACUGUUCGGGCCACGGCAGAUGCAGCACGGCGAACUCGGUCUCCGGGCGCGUGUACUGCGAGUGUGAGGACUACUGGAAAGGAGAAGCCUGCGACAUCCCGUACUGCAGAGACAACUGUGGCAGCCCCGAUCACGGCUACUGUGACCUGACCGGAGAGAAGCUCUGCGUCUGCAACGACAGCUGGCAAGGUCCAGACUGCUCUCUGUCCGUUCCCUCCACUGAGGCGUUCUGGGUGCUGCCCAGCGUCAAACCGUCGGCGCAGUCUUUGGGUCGGGCGUCCCAUCAGGCCCUGGUGCACUCGGGGCUGAUGUGGGUGGUGGGAGGCUACUCCUUCAACUACUCCAACUACCACAUGGUUCUCAACUACAACCUGGAGACCAGCACGUGGGACGCGGUGCCUGUCAGCAGCGGCCCUCUCUACAGAUACGGACACUCGCUGGCUCUGUACCAGGACGACAUCUACAUGUUUGGCGGGAAGCUGGAGGCAGGAUCGGCUAACGUGACGGACGAGAUGUGGGUGUUCAACAUCCCCAGGCGCACCUGGUCACCGCGGAAACCCGCCCCGCCUCCUCCCUACGCCCUGGAGGGACACACGGCCCACGCGGUGGAGCUGGCCGACGGCGAGCCAGUGAUGCUGAUCUUCUUCGGCUACUCGCCGAUCUACAGCUACGUCAACAAAGUUCAGGAGUACAACAUCAGGUCCGACUCGUGGCAGGUGGUGUCCGCCGGAGGCGCCGUGGUCCAGGGAGGCUACGGCCACAGCAGCGUGCACGACGAGGCCAGCGGCUGCGUGUUCGUUCACGGGGGAUACAAGGCGCUCAGCAACAACAAGUACGGUCUGGUGGACCACAUGUACCGCUACCACAUCCACACGAGGACAUGGUUAAUCCUCAGGGAGAGUGGCUUGGCGCGGUACCUCCACUCUGCGGUGCUGCUGAGCGGGGCCAUUCUGGUUUUUGGUGGAAACACUCACAAUGACACGUCGCUAAGCAACGGAGCCAAGUGCUUUUCUGCCGACUUCCUGGCGUAUGACAUAGCCUGUGACGAGUGGACGGUCCUCCCCAGACCAGGGCUGCACCGCGACGUCAACCGCUUUGGACACUCGGCUGUGGUGAGCAACGGCUCCAUGUUCAUCUUUGGAGGUUUUUCGGGCCUCCUCUUGAACGACGUGCUGGCCUACACCCCUCCGUCCUGCCCCGCCUUUUCCAGCCCAGCUCUGUGCGCCGCUGCCGGGCCGGGCCUUCGCUGCCACUGGGUCCAGAGUAGAUGUGUCCCCUGGGAGGCGAAACCACCUGAGGAGAUUCUGCCGGCGCCGCUUUGCCCCGCGCGACCCGACAGUACAGACGAGCAGUGUUUCCGCUUCUCGGACUGCGCGAGCUGCACCGCCAACACCUGGGGCUGUCAGUGGUGUGAGGACAGGAAGUGCAUCUCUGCAUCCAGCAACUGCACCGUGUUGACUCUGGAGCUGGCCCAGCAGCAUGGCGGCGCUCUGUCUCUGUCUCCACCUCCAUCCAUGUUGUCUGAACAUCAGCUGAGCUUGUGGAAACACGGAGCCAGGAGGAGGGGACAUUCGGUGAGAGACUCGACCAGGUGUAAGCGCAGGGAGGAGCAGGAGUGUUUCAGACUGGCCAACUGCAGGAGCUGCUCCCUCAACGUCCACUGUCAGUGGGAGCCGCAGCAGCAGGAGUGUCAAGCGCUGCCGAGCCAGCUGUGUGGAGAGGGCUGGCACCAUGUCGAGGAGGCCUGCCUGAGGAUCAACUCCAGCAGAGAGAGCUACGAUAACGCCCAGCACUACUGUAAAAACCUGGGAGGAAAUAUUGCAUCUUUGCUCACAGACAAACAAGUUAAUUUUGUUCUGGAAGAGCUUCAGAAAUACCAGCUGCAAGAUAAGAGGUUAUCUCCGUGGGUCGGCCUGAGGAAGAUCAACGUGUCGUACUGGGGGUGGGAGGACGCGUCGCCCUUCACCAACACCAGCCUGCGAUGGUUACCGGGAGAACCCAGCGACUCGGGCUUCUGCGCCUACCUGGAGCGGGCUCAGGUGGCCGGACUCAAGGCCAACCCCUGCACCGCCACCACGGACGGCCUGAUCUGCGAGAAACCCGCCGGGAGCCCGCAGAGUCAGAGCGCUCGUCCCUGCAAGACUCCCUGCGCUCUGCGAACCACCUGCGCCAACUGCACCAGCCAGGCCAUGGAGUGCAUGUGGUGCGGCAGCGCGCAACGCUGCGUCGACUCCUCGGCGUACGUCAUCUCCUUCCCCUACGGACAGUGUCUGGAAUGGAAGACCCAAGACUGCGCUGCUCAGAACUGCUCCGGUCUGAGGAUGUGUGCAGAGUGUCUGGAGAGAGCGGAGUGCGGUUGGUGCGGCGACCCCAGUAACACCGGCAAGGGCGUUUGCAUGGAGGGCUCAUACCGAGGGCCUCUGAAGCCGGCGCACCCCAGGGCCGGGUCACGGGACCGGGACAGACUGCGAGACAGGGACAUGGCGCUGGACCAGAGUCUCUGCACGUCUGACAGAGGCUAUAACUGGGCCUUCAUCCAGUGUCCGGCUUGUCAGUGUAAUGGUCACAGCAGGUGUGUGAACGGCAGCGUGUGCGAGCGCUGUGGGAACCUGACAGCAGGGACGCACUGCCAGAGCUGCAUGCCCGGUUACUAUGGCGACCCCAUCAACGGAGGGAAAUGCAACGCAUGUAAGUGUAACAGCCACGCCAACGUGUGCCACGUCAACACAGGGAAGUGUUUCUGCACCACCAAGGGCAUCAAGGGCGACCAGUGUCAGCUAUGUGACUCAGAGAACCGUUACCUUGGUAACCCUCUCCGAGGAACAUGUUAUUACAACCUGUUGAUUGAUUACCAGUUCACCUUCAGCCUGCUUCAGGAAGACGACCGCUACUACACCGCCAUCAACUUCAUGGCUACACCUGAACAGGCCAACAAAAACCUCGACAUGUCCAUCAACGCCUCCAACAACUUCAACCUCAACAUCACCUGGUCCUUAAGCUCAACAGCCGGCACCAUCUCGGGCGAAGAGAUGCCCAUCAUAGCGAGGACCAACAUCAAGGAGCAUCGAGACUCUCUCUCCUGCGAGAAGUUCAACUUCAGGCUUCACCACAACAUCACCUUCUACGUCUACGUGUCCAACUUCACCUGGCCGAUCAAGAUCCAGAUUGCCUUCUCUCAGCACAACAGCAUCAUGGACCUGGUGCAGUUCUUCGUCACCUUCUUCAGCUGUUUCCUGUCUCUGCUGCUGGUCGCUGCCGUGGUUUGGAAAAUCAAACAGACGUGCUGGGCCUCACGACGAAGAGAGCAGCUGAUGAGAGAGCGACAGCAGAUGGCCAGUCGUCCCUUCGCGUCGGUUGCUGUCGUGCUGGAGGUGGGCGGAGACCAAGAGGAGCUGCUGCAGGCGGCGCCGAAGCCCAUCGCCAUGGAGCCAUGCUGGGGGAGCAGAGCAGGUGUUCUGACGGUGCUGCUGUACCUGCCCAGAGUCCCAUCUGGUAUACCUCCACCUGGACAGUCUGGUGUUGCUAUAGCCAGCGCUCUGGUGGACACAUCACAACAGCGAGCGAUGGACCUCAAGGAACGAGGCCUCGGUCUGAAGCACCGCAAACACACCGUGCACCAUCAAGGGACCUGCGUAUGAACUGGAUGCCCACAUAUCCACGUGGCCCCGGGGGGGGGAUGGGGGUGGGGGGGGGGGUUUCACUGGAGAUAUUGUCACUGGCUUUAUACAAGGGGAAACACUGUAAACACCACACAAAGCCUGCAACAAUUGGGUCUGGAUGAUGCUUAAAGUGGAUUUUGAAGGAGGGAAGGAAUGGAUGGGCACCCAAACUGGGACUUGUGGUCCCUUUCUUCCCUGGAUUAGAUGGAAAACUUCAUCAACAUUCUCCUUUUGUCCAACAAUUGGAAAACUAAUUGCAGACCGACAAAGAGAAUGUGUUUCUCCAUCAUAGCUUUGGUCAGAUAUUUACCAGGAGAGCUGGCAGACUGUUCUGCUUACAUGCCAUGUGGCUCUGCGUCUCCAGGGUUCUGCUUGUCAUUUUUCCAUCAAUAAAACCAAACUAAAUGGCUUUGAGCUCCAGUGGAAGAUACUGAGCCGAAAUGAAGUCCUCCUGACUUACAAACCCACUCGGACUCAGACCAAACUAGAUCAAUGCAAAAACACUGCGGUGGGUGAUGUUCUGUGACGAGGAGAAAGUCUCCUCUGGGAAUCUUAAAGACUACUGUUGUUGAGACGUUGAAGAACUGCAUCUUGCUACCAAGAUCUUUGGAUGUAACUGUUAAAACAUGUCCGUUAUGAAAUACAUUUGAUUUUUGUUUUUCCCCGCACCGACAUUUGAAUUCCUACAUUUUGAUAUCUGCUCAGGUCCUCUGUAAUGGAAAGGUCCAUUACCUGUAGAUGCGGGCCUUCUACACAUCUGUAUAUGCACUAUAAGUGAAAUGCUUUACCAGUACAUUAGGGCCCCUUGUGGGAUAAUAAUAUGCAACUGAUCAUCCAAAUGUAAUGUUUAGUCUGGGCUGCAGUUUAACCUUAAGGGCGGUAUCAAACACAUACUACUGAUGGUUUUCAUAUGCCUAUUAUUUCAUUUAUGACUGUGAAGCUGCAGUAUACAUCUUUUCUCAUGACCUCCAGUAAAUUUCCUGCCUGUUUAUUUGUGAUACACAAACGUUUAUAUAACAUGUCUCCUUAUGUGAUAUUUAUUAAUUAUGAAAAUUACAGUUAAACAAUAAUUUAGCAAGUUUACAAAUGCACUAAGGAUUUUUUUUAAACAGAAAGACUAAAUAAUUGAUUUUAUAGAGCAGGUCUGUGCAGUAUUCCCUUUUUACGCUUCUACACUCAGUGUCUCUUCAUUUCCAAAGGAUUUAUUUACAUGGCAAACACCAUAUUGUAUGUGUAUCAUAGCAAGUGAUGUCAAGUCCGUCCUUUUACCAAAUAUCUUAAACCUUCAUUUAUUAUUGUAAAGUCACUUUUUAUCAACUGCACAUACACAGUAGAGUUACGUCUUUAUGCACAUGUAUCGUUUAUAUAUUGAGUCUGACUGUUUUCAUUCAGACGUUUUGACUCCAUGUAAUUUUGCACCAGUUUGUUGUUGAGACUUCUAUUAACAAAGGGCAGCUCACAUCACUGUUUUUGUCCAUAUGAGCAUAAAAACUGUACAUUUACAAUUAAAACAUUUUGAUGCCUCUUCGUAUGGUAAUUGUAACCGA